AUGCCCUCGUUGUUUAAUUCUGGCUAUAGAAUAUUGAUAAAUUUGAGGAGAAUGGGUAUUAAGAGGGAAAUUCAAAAUAUGUCAUCAGAUAGUGUCUCUGAUGUUUCUAAAUCACCUAGUGAAUUUGACCUUCAAUUACAAAAUGAAAUUGAAAGGGCAAAAAGUGAGAAACGUAUAAAAGAGAAGAAUAAAAGGUUCAAAAAGCCUAGCGCAUCUGCGAUGAGAGAUGAGGCAGGUUUCAAAGUUAGAGUUGUCGAUACAAAUGGUGACAAAAAGAAGCAAGAUGAUCCAGAUUAUAAAGUAAUUAUUGAUGGCCCUUUGAGAAGAAUUGAACCAUAUUAUUUUACAUACAAGACUUUUUGCAAACUAAGGUGGAGAGAUAGAAAAUUAUUAGAUGUUUUUGUAACUGAAUUUAGAGAUCGUGAAGAGAGUUAUUACAAAAAGACCAUAGCUGGUGGUCUCGUUUUCUUAAAUGAUAAACCUGCAAAUUUAGAAAGUAUCAUUAGAAAUGGAGAUUUAAUUACGCAUAAUGUACAUCGUCACGAACCUCCUGUAACAUCAAGACCAAUUAAAACAGUAUUUGAAGAUGACAACAUUUUGGUUAUUGACAAACCUAGUGGUAUUCCUGUACAUCCUACUGGUCGUUUUAGAUUUAAUACCAUUACUAAAAUUCUAGAAAAGAAAUUAGGUUACAGUGUCCAUCCCUGUAACAGAUUGGAUAAGCUAACCAGCGGUUUGAUGUUUUUAGCAAAAACUCCUAAGGGUGCUGAUGAAAUGGCAGACCAACUAAAGGCAAGAGAAGUCACGAAAGAAUAUGUGGCUCGUGUUGUUGGAGAGUUCCCAGUCGGUGAAGUAACUGUGGAAAAACCUGUUAAAACAGUCGAUCCAAGAGUGUCAUUAAACUCUGUAUGUUCUUUAGAAGAUGAAAAUGCCAAACAUGCAAAAACAAUUUUUAACAGAGUUAGUUACGAUGGUAAAACAAGUAUUGUGAAGUGCAAACCACUAACUGGUAGAACACACCAAAUUAGGGUACAUCUUCAGUAUAUUGGGUUCCCAAUAGCUAAUGAUCCUAUAUAUUCAAACCCUCAUGUUUGGGGUCCAGGUCUUGGUAAUGGAGGAGAUGCUGAUUUUGAAGAUGUGAUUAAGAAACUAAAUGAAAUUGGUAAAACAACAUGUUCAGAAUCUUGGAUCAAUGCAAAUUCAGAAGGUGAAUUGCUUAGAGGGGAAAAAUGUGAAGUAUGCGAAACUGAUUUGUACACAGAUCCGGGACCUAAUGAUUUAAAUCUAUGGUUACAUGCUUACCGUUAUGAAUCAACCGAAUUUGAUGAGAAUCAGAGAAAAAAUUGGAGUUACAGAACUGAUUUCCCUGAUUGGGCAUUGCAAUCGAAUAAAAAAUACAUGGAAUUAGCUUUAGAAGAAGCUAAAAAGUGUCCACCGACAAAAACAGCAUUUAGUGUAGGUGCUAUUCUUGCCAACGGUACUGAGGUGUUAUCUACUGGUUAUUCAAGGGAACUUGAGGGAAAUACUCAUGCUGAACAAUGUGCAUUGGAAAAAUAUUUUACUAAAAUCGGUAAAAGAGAGGUGCCACUGGGAUCAGUACUUUAUACUACAAUGGAACCUUGUUCAUAUAGAUUAAGUGGCAACAAACCAUGUUUAGAAAGAAUUCUUGAUGCCAAGGGAAGAAUAGGCUCUGUAUUUGUAGGUGUAUUAGAGCCAGACACAUUUGUUAAGAAUAAUGUCAGUUUCGACACUUUGACAUCAAAUGGUAUUGAUUACAUUCAAAUUCCAGGAUAUGAAGAAGAAUGUAUAAAUGCUGCAAGAAAGGGACAUGAUGAAUAA